UGGUGGGAGGAUGGCGGACGAUACGCAGAGUGCCAAAUCUAAUAGCGGUAUCAGUCUGGACAGUGAAAAAUCUAUUGAAAACGAACUUGAUAAAUCGACAUCAAAGACGAACGAGUCAGACAAACGUUUCUAUGCUCUGUACUCGUAUGUUGCUCACAGAUUUCAGAGAUCUGGUCAGAAGGAUGACUCUGUAAAGGACAAUAACCUGUUUAAAGAGUUGUCAGUAUCAGACUUCCUACAGGCAGAGGCUACAGCUGAUGGAGACUUCAGUCUUUCAGUUGUAUCGACCAACUUGUCAGCAGAGAAAGAAACAGGGCUCAGAAAAUGUCUGGCUCACAAGAUCUCCCGUGGUGCUGUGUACAGUGGGACUGGCAGUAUUGUAUCACUAAAUCUAAGUGAUGCAGACGAUUCUGUGGCCUUCUCUUGUCAGAUGUAUUUCAGCCUGCUGCGGCAUUUAGAUCAGACAGCACAGGAGGGUAAUGGGAAGGGAGUUAAUUCCAGAGAGUUUGUGCUCUGCUUUCUUGCUGACCCAGAAGAUGGCCUGGAUCUCUUUCAGAAGGAACUCGACCAGUACAGCCAGGGUUUGUUAAAGCUGAUUGAUGCCGAGGGCUGGGAGGCAGUUAAACCAGAAGAAAACACUUCCAAGUCACAGCUGACAGAGAUUAACACAGGUAUCCGUGACUACCUGGAGAAGUGGUAUGACGUGGCUAUACAGUAUAUCCAGCAGUGUGUCAACACACUGGGACAGGCAGCCAGGUUCCUGAUAUACUGUGCUAUGACAGGCAACACCCUGAAGGUUAAGGGUGAAGAUGCAGACACAGAGGCUCUUUUCCACAGGUUUGUGGACUGCUGUGGUUUGACCGAGUUACUUCACUCGAGCGUGUCUGACAAACACGAGUCCUCCCCUGUCCUGGUAGACCUCAGUGAUAGUGCAGAAAUGGUGACGACACAUGUGGACAACAGCAAUACCAUUGUGCUGAGGAAAGAAGGCAAUACCUACGAAUGUGAUAAACAAGAUCUUCCCAAGUUCUGCAUGGAUUGGUCAGAAGCUCUGGCAGGGGGAAGUAACCAGUCCUCUGCCUCCCUCAGGCGGAUUAUUGAGUCUUAUAAACUAAAAUGUAUCCAGGAUGUGAACUCACUGACAAGGCUGAUCAGACUGGCAGAAAAUGACUUCUAUGCAUUGUACAGGGCCUAUGUGUUUCUGAAGACAUGUGGAAAUGGAAAGAUCCUGUUAUCCUACACACAACAAGAGCAGCAGGUCAGCCAGUCUGUGGAGGGGGCAAGUGUUCUGAGGGCACUGGAGGAGUACAUACAGGACACGGGAGGUUUGACAUCAUGAUCUGUGAGACCUCAAGGCAAGGAGCACGUCAUAAUCAGCACAACCUCAAGGCUAUGAGGACAUCAUGAUGAUCAGGAUCUCAGGGCCGAGAGGACAUUAUGAUCAUCAGGAUCUCAGGGCCGAGAGGACAUUAUGAUCAUCAGGACCUCAAGGCCAGGAGCCUGUCAUAAUCAGCACAACCUCAAGGCCAGGAGGACAUCAUAAUCAUCAGGACCUCAAGGCCAGGAGGACAUCAUGAUCAUCAGGACCUCAAGGUCAGGAGGACAACUUGAUCAUCAGGACCUCAAGGCCAGGAGCCUGUCAUAAUCAGCACAACCUCAAGGCCAGGAGGACAUCAUGAAAAUCAGGACCUCAAGGCCAGAGGACAUCAUGAUCAUCAGGACCUCAGGGCCAGGAGGACAUCAUGAUCAUCAGGACCUCAAGGCCAGGAGGUUGUCAAGAUCAUCAGAUCUUCAAGGCCAGGAGGACAUCAUGAAAAUCAGGACCUCAAGGCCAGAGGACACCAUGAUCAUCAGGAUCUCAGGGCCGAGAGGACAUUAUGAUCAUCAGGACCUCAAGGCCAGGUGCCUGUCAUACUCAGCACAACCUCAAGGCCAGGAGGACAUCAUGAAAAUCAGGACCUUAAGGCCAGGAGGACACCAUGAUCAUCAGGAUCUCAAGGCCAGGAGGACAUCAUGAUCAUCAGGACCUCGAGACCAAGAGGACAUCAUUAUCAUCAGGACCUCAAGGUCAGGAGGCCAGUAUGAUUGGUGGGACCUCAAGGUCAGGAGAACAUCAUGAUUGGUGGAACCUCAAGGCCAGGAGGAUAUCAAGAUCAUCAGGACCUCAAGGCCAGGAUGACAUCAUGAUCAUCAAGGGCUGAAAUCAAUGAGUAAACAUGUUCUCACCGCAACAUGUUCUCACCACAACAAGGCUGGGAUAUUGCCAGUGUCACACAAAGCCACAAUCAUCCAUUCAUUCAUUAGAGGACUAAGAGGCAUGCCCAACAAGUCCAUGACUUUAUCCCACUGUGCCCGUGGGAGUGUUACUGUUUUUGAAAAUUUUCCAAAUUUCCAUUUUUGUCUUUGGUUCUGCAUAGGCUAAGUUGAUUCUAAUUAUUAUCAUGGCAACAUGUAUGUCUGUAAAAUGCAUUACGAUGGUAGUUACAUUCAACUUAACCUGCGGUUGAUUAGUGGAACAACAUUGAGUUAAACAUGAUUGUGAAGUAAAGAUGUUAUUGCUAGACGAGAAGAGCAUGUGCAGAGGAUAGCAUCAUAAGGCUUUGUUAAAUUUUCUGGUGAUUAUUCGAGACUUGCAGUACAUGUACAGUAUCAUGUAAAUAUCAACAUCCAAAUCUGUCAGAAUUGUCACCCUUUAGCUGACCCUUGUCUUUCAGAAUGUGACUACAUCAGAAUGGCCUUGACUCAUUGACCUGUUAGCCAAAUGUAUGACAAAAACUCUAUGUAAAUUAUUAAUCAUACUAGUGGGCGGUAUUACGUCAUUGUGGCACUCUAGGAACAAAUGAAGAUGUGAUGCAGGUUUUGGUAUAACAGCAUGUUAAAAGAAGUACACAUUAAGAACCAAGAGUCUGCAGCUAUCUUAAUGAUUCGUCAUAACUUUUUGAAGAAUGCCAACUUUUUGUAGCCAGGAAAGCGUUUUGAAGAAUAGUCAGUAUUUGGGUGGAUACCAGGUCAAGGUCAAGCCAGCUCCAGGACACUGUCCAGUAUUUCUAUGUCUUAUCUUGUCUUGCCUGAGCUAAGUACUUAUCAGACCUGGAAGUCCUGUUGGCUUAGCUCUGGGCUAUUGUACAGAGUUUAAGCUUCAUAUCUGUAGGCUUUUUAGCAAUUUUUGUGUUCGCCUGGCACAAGGUGAUGUUAAUUGAUUUUCUUGUUUUAAUGUUCUUGGCAGCUAAAGGUGUACUCCAGUCUUUCUUUUCUUCAAAACUUUGUAUUGGCUGAAUACUACAUAUUUUAAAUAACAUAAGAAUUGUGAGGAAAGUGCAAUCUAUGUGAUGUUCGUUUUGCUGAAAGAAUAUGUAUCUCUAAAACAUUAUUUCAGUUCACAUGUUCAUUAGGACUAUAUUUUCAUUUAUAGUUCAUAUAUACAAAUUGUACAAGCUUUGGAUGAACGCGGAUAUGUUUAUAUGUUUGUGCAAUACUGUGUUAUAUUGCUGUGUAACAGUUCUGUUCACUCAUUGGUUAUAACAGCUUGAGAUUAGGAGCUAUGAUGCCAUUUACAGCUGCCUGGAAAGAGGAUUAUUUGCCGUAUAUUUUCAGCUUUGGUUAUUUGAACAUAAAUAAGGUACAUGUAUACUGUACAAAAUAUUAGUUUUAAUUUUAUUAUUUUGUUAGUGGUGAAGAGUUGAUAUGUAUUUAUUUCAUAAGUAGGUAGACAUGACAGUGGAAGAGUUAUGAGACCCAGAAACUAAGUACAUGUAUAUAAAAUUAACCUAUAUUUUAUAUAAAUUGUAUAUCAUCUGUUGAUAUACAAAGAUCUAGGUGAAGUAGAAAAGACAAAAAUAGGAAGUGGUUUUUAGAGAUUCCUCUAAGGUUAUUAUUAUGUAAUUUGGUAACAGUAGACCUAUUGGAUUUCAGUUUGGGUACAAGGGUUACACAGUUAGGCGAGUACAUGUAUGAUCCAAACUUCUGACUCUUCCUUGAAAUAAUGUUGACAUUUCUUACUUGUAAUUAUUCACAAAAACAUUAAAAAAAAAAAAAAAUUUAAAA